GCAUGAGGAAUUUCCACUGAGAGAAACAUGCUUGCAUCAGCCCCGGAUUGUGGAGUUUCCCUCAGUUGGUGCCUCAGGUUUACUGUGUAUUUUCUGUAUCAAGGACACUGGAGAGGGAAAGAGAAUGUAAAAGCUCUCCACAGUGGGUCCCUCAGCCAGCAGAGUAACUCACUGGCUCUCCUGCCCUCCAGCAUCUUGGCUAAGUCAACAGGGCUUUGGAGUACUCUACUUUCAGUUUCACUUUUGCUACAGCAUGUGAUUUUUUUUUUUCCAGUGUGUGGAACCUGGACUUGAUUUUCAAAGUGGCUCCUGAGGGAGAGGCAGGUGUUUGUCUGGUCUGCAGGGGUCUGUGGCUGGCUUUAGGUCUCUGAAGCUCAGUUUGUUUCCUUUGAUAAGUGACAGAUGCAAAGUGGCAGCCUGGCACUCCAGGCUCCCCUGCUCUGGCAGCUUCAACUCAGGCCACAGGCAAGUGCUGUGGGAACAGCCCUGGGAGGGAGCCUGCCUGCCUUAGCUGGGACCACAGAUACAGAGUCCCUGGCCAGGCUCACAGGCAACUGUAGUCAGAAGAGCAUCUUUUCUGUGUAGGAAUCAAAUGAGAAAAUUUCAGCACAAGGGCUUGGCAAAUACCAAUUUAAAAUAAAUUUAGUUUCUAUCUCACUAACUUAUUAAACAUAAGUAGAUAGUCAGAAUCCUCUUCGUUGAUGUUUAGGGUGGAUGUGAGAUUUAUAAACCAUAUAGGGCUCUAUGCAUUUUCAUGCUAUGUUCUUAUUCUCAUAUAUGGGACUAAGUUGCAGAGAACCUGUGAUGUCCCCUGUUACCUAAAAUCUCAGGAUUCUGCACAGUCUUCCUUCCUUGGCAUAAUGUCCUAAGGCUUAUCCAUGUUGCAGUUUAAAGUACAGUUUUAUUCCUUUCUCUGGCUGAAUAAUAUUCUAUUGUGUGGGCUAUCACACUGUGUUAAUGUACAUAUCUGUAGAUGAUCUGUUGAUGAGAGAGUGGGUCAUUUCCACAUUUUAGGUGUUGUGAGUAUGACUGCCAUGAUCAUUGCUGCUCAAAGGUCUGUCCAAGCCCUUAUCUGUGUGUUGUAUAUAAUCAAAGCAGAAUUCUUGGAUCAAAUGUUAUUAUUCAUUUAUAAGACACCAAGACUAUUCUCCAUGAGGUAGUAUAAUUCUCUGUUCUUAGCUGCACUGCACAAAUAUCUAAGUUUUUUAAAAUGUGGUUCACAUUUAUUUGUUUUUGUUUUGUGUAGUCAUUGUCCCGGUGGGUAUGAAGUGACAUCUUGUGGUUUUGAGUGUUACUUCCUCAGUGUUUCCUAAAGCCUCAUUAUAAUGCAGACUGCGUUUGAAAGGUUAUUGAGCAACAAAACCAAGCAAGUCUUAAAGAAACCUCACUCUUGCUUAAACUGCAAACAGGAGCAAAACCAAGCAAGUGAUUUCAGAUUCUUCUAGCUUGGCACGUGGCUAUGGCCAGACCAGAAAUGAUGGCUCCCAUUUGCCUGGUGGAAAACUUCAAGGAGCAGCUGUCUGUGAACCAGAAAGCCAUCGAGAUCCUGGACACGAUUUCUCAGCCAGUGGUAGUCGUGGCUAUUGUUGGAUUGUAUCGGACAGGGAAGUCCUACCUGAUGAACCGUCUGGCAGGACAGAUCACGGGUGACCCUAAGAAUGACUCCUGGAUCUUCGCCCUGGCCGUGCUUCUGAGCAGCACCUUCGUCUACAACAGCAUGAGCACCAUCAACCAUCAGGCCCUGGAGCAGCUGCAUUAUGUCACAGAACUCACCGAGCUGAUCAGGGCAAAGUCUUCCCCAAAUCCUGAUGGAAUAAAGAAUUCUUCAGAGUUUGUGAGUUUCUUUCCAGACUUCAUCUGGACUGUUUGGGAUUUCAUGCUGGAGCUGAAGUUAAAGGGAGAAGUCAUCACAGAGGACCAGUACCUGGAGAAUGCACUGAAGCUGAUCCCAGGCAACCAUCCCAGAGUCCAAGCAUCCAAUUUGCCCAGGGAGUGCAUCCGACAUUUCUUUCCUAAAUGGAAGUGUUUUGUCUUUGACCGGCCAACGAAUGACAAAGAACUCUUACAAAAAAUUGAGACUAUCUCAGAAGACCAACUGGAGCCUAAGUUCCAGGAACAAACAAGGGCCUUUGUUUCUUACAUCUUCACCUAUGCAAAGAUCAAGACCCUCAGAGAGGGAAUUGAGGUCACUGGGAACCGACUGGGGACUCUAGUGACGACCUACGUGGAUGCCAUCAGCAGUGGAGCUGUGCCUUGUCUGGAUGACGCGGUGACAACUCUGGCCCAGCGUGAGAAGUCAGCAGCUGUGCAGAAGGCAGCUGACCACUACAGUGAGCAGAUGGCCCAGCGACUGAGGCUCCCCACAGACACGCUCCAGGAGCUGCUGGGUGUGCACACAGCCUGUGAGGAGGAAGCCAGUGCUCUCUUC